AUGCCGCCCCGACUCAACCUCUUCACAGCCAACAAGGCCGUUUCGGCCCUGCGCCAAUCAACCACUCCCGCACUGUCCUCCCCCCGGAGUAUCGCCAGCCCCGUCCGACUCCGCGCCGUCCAGUCACUACCCAUUCAGCGCCGAUGGAACUCCUCGCGCGAUGGCUCGAAGAAGGUCGAGCCUCAGCCGGAUGAGCAGACUUUCCCGACUGUCGAUCAGCUGCCCGAUGUUAGCGAGGAGGCCAGCGAAAUCUCCCGAAUCAUGGAUAAGGAAAAGCGCUGUGAUGGUAUUCCUUCUACUCCGGAGUUGGAUCAGGGGUCGCCUGUUGAGGAGAUCCUCAGCCGCGAUAAGGAUGCUAUGAAACACAUGCCGAAGGUUAUGCGGGACGCAUUGAAGAAGUCUGGUGGCUCGCGCUCGUUCUCGACUUCGGCUCGGAGUCUCAUGACUGAUGUGCAGGGCGAGCCUAACAACGAGGCUAACCCUAUUCCUCCUAAUGUGCCUGGACUCGAGGGCGCUAGUGAUGAGGCUGCUGCUGCGCUGGCUAGCAUGAUUGAGCAGGUGCAGGGUCAGGCUCUUGAGGAGAACCCUGGGCUCAAGUUCGAUCCUCCUGCUGUCCCGGAGGAUCUGAAGACGUUGAACUUCCGCAAGCGCUACGAUACCCUGCAGGAUCAGUUCACGAAGAUGAUGAUGGAGAGUGGGAAAUUGACCAAGGCGCAGAAGAACAUGUCUCUCGUUCUGGAUCACCUCCGCACUGCCUCUCCUCCCCAGAUUAACCCUCGUCGCCGUCUCCUUGGGGCUCCCCCAGCAUCCCAGCUCCCCCUAGACCCCGUCCUCUACCUCACUCUCGUCGUCGACUCCGUGGCGCCUCUCUUCCGAAUUCGUCAGCAGAAGGGUAUCGCUGGUGGUGGUACUGCCGUGCAGAUCCCCCACCCGCUGACUCUGCGCCAGCGCCGCCGUACCGCGAUUAAGUGGAUCCUUGAUGCAUCUGAUAAGCGCCGCGAUGCGCUGUUUGCCAACCGUGUUGCGGCUGAGGUGGUGGCCGUUGCUGAGGGUCGUAGCGGUGUCUGGGAUAAGAGGGACCAGCAGCACAAGAUUGGUAUCUCUGGUCGUGCGAACUUGAAUGCUAACUACCAUCCCUCCCACACAGCCACCACACGCGCAUCAGGCCCCGCUCGCUCAGACCAAUAUCGAGAUAGCGCUGGGCGGUUAGACCCUGCCUACAGCUCGCCGCUUGCGGGCCUUGGUAUCGUUGGAGAAUCGCAGGAGAAGAAAUUCGAGCCCGGCCAACCCCAGGGCUCUCGUCUUCGGUUCUGGGCUGAGGCUCUCCGACGUCGCGCUCACAACGCAUCGCACGGGAACGUCGAUCCAGAUCCCAAAGCCAAGAUGAAGUUCUCGCACAGUAUUCAGUUUAAUGCUGUGCCCGAUUGGAGCUCGAACUACAUCGCGUACAGCAAUUUGAAGAAAUUGAUCUACACCCUUGAGAAACAGGUCAAUCGCGUUGAGGGACCGAACACAGAUGUAGAGUCCGCUCCGCUGCUGGGUGCUCAACCGAGUAACCCAGAUGCAAUCUUUAAACGGGCUCUCGAUGCUGAGAUGGAUAAGAUCUGUUCUUUCUAUCAGAAGAAGGAAGCGGAGAUUUUUGAACUCACCGAUGAGCUCAUAAAAGACGCCGAUGUAUAUCUUUCUGAGACGGAUGGUGUCGAUAUGGACCCCGUCAGCGAGACAAUCAUCAAGGCAAGCUCCCGCCGUGGCAACGGUCAUGGCUCUGUCUCGCGCCGCCGGUCCAGUGCUGUGAGCAACGACUCAAUGGCCGACGAUGAAGGUGAAGGUGCCGAUAGCGACGACGACCGGUCUCCGACGGCCCUCCCACAGCGCCGGAGAUUGCUGCGGUCGAUCGAUGGCGAGUCUAACACGGACGACCAGUACGGUGAUCUGGCGGACUCUUCCUACUUUGCACAGUCGACCACGCGAGAACCGCACGAGUCGGUCUUCAACGACGAGGAUUUCCUCGCUUUAUACAAUACCGGUAUAUCGUUGAAGAAGCGUCUGAUCGAAUGCUACGUCUCACUCUGCGAACUUCGCUCCUUCAUCGAGUUGAACAAGACUGGCUUCGCCAAGGCCUUGAAGAAGUAUGACAAGACCUUGGACCGCAGCCUGCGCCGAGACUACCUAGCCACUGUUGUCCAUCCCGCGCCGCCUUUCACCGACAGCACUAUGGCUGAAAUCGACCGGCAUAUUGAGAACGUGGAGGGUGUGUACGCGGGUAUCGUCACGAAGAACAACAAGCAGUUUGCCAGGCGCGAGCUGCGUCUGCAUCUGCGCGAGCAUGUCGUCUGGGAACGGAAUACUGUUUGGCGUGAGAUGAUCGAGAUCGAACGUCGUGCGCAGGCCGCCAAUGUUGGUAUUCGCCGGACCCUCCUGGGCGGCGAUGAGGACCCAGCCACUGCACGGCGCCAGGGUGACAAGAACGAGAUCCCCACUCAGGAGAUGUCAACGCCGCUUGGUAGAUUCCAGUUCCCGGUGUGGCUUUGCAGCUUAAGCUUUGGUACGCUGGUAUUUAGUAUCGCCAUCUUUGGUGUAUUACUUUCCUUGAACAUAAUGGACACCCCCGAGGAACAGAACUGCUUGGCUAUGCUGGUCCUCGUUAGUAUCCUGUGGGCCACUGAGGCUAUUCCGCUGUUUGUCACUUCGCUUCUUAUCCCGUUCCUAGUCGUGACUCUAGGCAUCAUGCGGUCAGACGAGGAGCCUCAAACGCGAUUGGGGCCUAAGGAAUCAGUUGGCAAGGUGUUCGCGGCGAUGUGGACUCCUGUGAUUAUGCUGCUUCUAGGCGGAUUCUCAAUCGCAGCGGCGCUGUCCAAGUACGAUAUCGCACGACGUAUGGCCAUGUUCGUGCUAAGCAAAGCUGGCUCGAAGCCAUCUGUGAUGCUGUUGACCAACAUGUUUGUGAGCAUGUUCCUGAGCAUGUGGAUCAGUAAUGUUGCGUCCCCCGUGCUCUGCUACUCGAUCAUCCAACCUUUGCUGCGCAACAUGCCUCCCGAGUCAGACUUUGCCAAGGCACUCGUGCUGGGUAUCGCGUUAGCCGCCAAUGUCGGCGGUGCAGCGUCCCCGAUUGCCUCACCGCAAAACAUCAUUGCCUUGCAGAACAUGGAGCCGAACAUCAGCUGGGGCACAUGGUUCUUCAUCGCCCUCCCCGUCUGCAUCAUCUCCAUUCUACUCAUCUGGGUCCUGCUGCUGGUGACAUUCCGCCCGGGCCGCAACGCGACCGUGGUGCCCAUCCGCCCCGUCAAGGACCGCUGGACCGGCAUGCAGUCCUUCAUCAGCAUUGUCACCUUCCUAACGAUUAUACUCUGGUGCGCCAGCCACCAGCUCGAGCACAUCUUCGGCGACAUGGGUGUCAUCGCCAUCAUCCCUCUCGUCCUCUUCUUCGGCACCGGUAUCCUCAACAAAGAGGACUUCAACAACUUCCUUUGGACAAUCAUCAUCCUCGCCGCCGGUGGUCUGUGUCUGGGCAAGGCCGUCACCUCAUCGGGCUUGCUGCACACCAUCGCCAUGGGAAUCACCAACCACGUCGAGAACCUCAGCCUGUACAGCGUCCUUUUGGUCUUCUCUUCUCUCAUCAUUGUCAUGGCCACCUUCAUCUCUCACACCGUCGCUGCCCUUAUCAUCCUCCCACUUGUCCGCCAGAUCGGCGUUAGCAUGGAGGACCCUCACCCCAACUUGUUGGUCAUGGCCAGUGCCUUGAUGUGCUCUGUUGCGAUGGCUCUGCCAACAAGUGGAUUCCCUAAUAUGACUGCUAUCAUGACCGAAGUACCUCAGACAGGCCAGCGAUAUCUCCAAGUCCGCCAUUUCCUGACUCGCGGUAUCCCGGCCAGUCUCAUGUCCUUUGUGGUGAUUGUCACUCUUGGAUAUGGACUGAUGUAUGUUGCAGGAUUGUAG